GGUCCCAUGCCCUAAGCGUGCUGGACAGAGCCCGGAUUAAAGUUUCACUCUAUGGUUAUAUGCAUGACAACCACAGGGUGGGGAACCCCUUGGAACGCUGAUGACGAGCGUAUUGGAUGAACUGUUCACAGAAGUCACGGUGCAACGUUGGACUGAAUCAUUAAAUAUAGGCGGAUAAGGGUACCUUCGGGUCGUCCGUCGGUAGCAGAAGAUAUCAUUUCGAGCGAUAUUAAGCACGCUCCCCUUGGGCACUGUUGCAUCAGCAUUGUCUGCUUAAUUUUUUGGAAUUGGCCAAGAAAUAGUCAUGACGCUGGUUGUCAAGUUCCCAACCGCAGCUCGUCCUUGUGGAUGCCUAUAUUAUGCUGAGCCGUUCUGGCAUUGCCCACCCUACGCACUGUACUGAUAUGUUUGGAUGUCUGAAGCUGUUCGGAUCUGUGGUGCUAGCGGUUUUCGCCCACCUUGUGUUAGGCCAUAGAACCCCGCCUUCGGGUGCCAUUACGGUGGGAAAUGGCGGCAAGUACAGCACACUACAGGCAGCUCUUGCGGAUAAUUCUUCGAAUGUGUUUUUCCUUUACGCUGGAACGUACAAAGGCAACACCCUUAUCUCGCGCUCAAAUGUCAAGAUCUAUGGGCAGACAUCGGGUUGGACUACGUAUGCUGGAAAUUUGGUGUCCCUCACUAAUAAUAUAACGGCCUUUGAUGUUGGAAGUGACAUCGGUAGCGCCACGGUUCAGGUCGAAGCCUCAGGGGUUAGCCUGUAUAACCUCAACAUAAAUAACACAUAUGGAAACGCUCUUUCUCAUUCUCCAGCUAUCGCUUUAUGUGUUCAGGGCGAUCAGUUUGCUGGAUAUGGACUCAAAGUGCAGGGCUACCAGGAUACAUUGCUUGCAAAUACUGGCCGUCAGUACUAUCGGGGCUGCUGGAUUGAGGGUGCCGUCGAUUUUAUUUUUGGGCUAGAUGCUUCUAUAUGGAUAACGAAAUCUGUCAUUCACACUGUUGGAAGUGGUUAUAUUACCGCGUCUGGCCGUUCAUCAGAUGAUUCCAACUACUAUGUAAUCGAUACAUCUACCGUCCAAGGAUCAGGCUCAACAUACCUGGGAAGACCUUGGAGAAAUUACGGCCGAGUCGUUUUUCAAAAUUCGACGUUGGGAAAGAAUGUCAAUAGCGCUGGCUGGUCGGUGUGGGCCGCUGGCGACCCUCGAACCGAUCAUGUUACGUUCGCCGAGCACCAGAAUACGGGUCUGGGGGCUCGCGGUCAGCGUGCCUCCUUUGCUACCGGACUAACGACCCCUGUUUCCAUUAACACGGUUUUGGGAUCAACUGACUGGAUCGACCCAGCGUAUCUGCGAGUCCAUGGUGGCUAGUUUCGUAGCCAAUAGAUUCAUUGGAAAGUUUGGGCCGAUGCAUUCCUGGACGGCCGGCGGACAACGGAGACCCACAUCUUAGAGCUGGCACUCGAAUUUAGCAUACAAUAUACCAUUCGUUUACACAUUUCGCCUAAAUCAUGCAGUAGGAUGCUGU